GGACAUGUGGCGGCCAUCCUUCAAACGAGGAUAUGAACAUGGAUGUGUGGGAUUUUUACGACGUCGUUGGAGCCAACUCUUUAAAUCGAGCUCAAGCUUAAGCUUCUCACUUUCCUUAUCCCCUUUUCAGUUGACACGAUGCCGAGGACUUCCAUUAACGGAAAAGUGAAUCUGGCGGUGGAUUUGGGCGACCCAUUUCUCAAUCACGUUGUUGAUGGUUUCUUCAAGAUUGGGGCUGUAGCAGUUGGGAAAGUGGCUGUAGAGGAAACAUACCAUGUGGUUGCUCGAGGAAGCGUCUCUAAAAAAAACUUUGAACAUUCGCUGAAGAAAAUGUGUAAAGAAGGUGCAUACUGGGGUGCAGUUGCUGGACUUUAUGUUGGAAUGGAGUACGGGGUGGAGAGGGUCCGUGGAACCAGAGACUGGAAAAAUGCGAUGGUUGGCGGUGCGUUGACCGGUGCACUUGUAUCAGCAGUGGGCAACAACAACAGGGACAAGAUUGUGUUGGAUGCUAUAACUGGAGGUGCUGUUGCCACUGCUGCAGAGUUCAUCAGCUAUCUCACAUGAAAUAUAUCUAUAAAUUCUGUUUUCCCUUUGCUCAUUUCCUUGUCAGCCACAGAGUUGAUCUUCUAAUCUUUGCGCUCACCACAAACUCUGCACCUAUUCAAGAGUUCUGAUAGCUUCCUGCAACAUCGCUGCUCUCGAGCAUCUAAGUGCAAGAUGCCGUUAUUUGCCUUGCACCCACUCUUUCCAUGUCUUUAUGCUGCCCGGUAGAUUUUGUGACCAAUCUCUGCUAGGCCGACUUCAAAUCCUUCUUCAUUCCAGCUCCUUGUGACUCCAGCUCUGUCCAAGCAACAGCGCACGAGAUUGUUGUAAAGCAGCUCGUUUUGGAACUCGGUAGGAUUCGAGUUACGAAGGCGUCGCUCGCCUUGUGCCUCUCCAUGACACUUAAUGGUGUAUUCUAGCAAGUAGGAGUAAUCUAGCCCUUAAUUCUGGCUUGAAUGGCCUCUCCCUUAUCACCCAUAUUCCAUCACCAGUUACAAUAUAAAAAAUGUGAUUGCUGUUAAUGGGGUAAAUGACGUUGUAUUAUGCACUAGUAACUUUAAAAUUUUCUCUAAAAUUUCACCUUUGAAA